GUGCCCUUAGAAGGAAAGCCUGUCAGGCUGUAAACUUGAGAGCGCUUUUUUUUUCUUUUUUCUUUUUUUGAGUCUCCUGGAAUAGCAGGAAAACCCUCGGCGAUCAAAAGCACUUUUCUGCUCAAUGACAAGUCAAGAUGGACCCGUGUAAGAGGAGGAUGGUGUAGGGCACACGGCUCCUUUAGUCUAUUCAUUCUCGGGAUAAUCUCCGCAAUAGUGUCCCCCCGUCCCGCGGAGGAGAAGCGGCGGCCGGAGGACGUGUGUGUGUGCGAGCGCGCGCGCGCGCGCCGCUCGGUUGGGGGUGCAAGUGGCCGCCGUGCGCGCGCGGCGGUGGAGGCGGAGGCGCGCGGCGGGACGGUGAGCAGCGCGCCGCGCGGCGGAUGACGGCGCGGCGCGGCAUGGAGAUGUUGCGCCGCUCGUCCGUGUUCGCGGCCGAGGUGUUCGACCGCUCGCCCACCGACAAGGAGCUGGUGUCCCAGGCCAAGGCGCUGUGCCGGGACUACAUCCACUCCCGGCUGAACCGCGCCGGCGUGGGCUGGUCCAAUCCCGACCACGGGCUGGCCGCGUCGGGCGGGACGCUGGGAGAGAUAUCGUCGGUGCUGCUGUGGCUGGGUGACGAGUUGGAAUACCUCCGACCCAACGUUUACCGCAACGUGGCGCGGCAGCUGAACAUCACGGUGGCGUCGGAGAGCGUGGUGUCCGACGCCUUCCUGGCCGUGGCCGCAGACAUUUUCUCCACAGGUAUUACGUGGGGAAAGGUGGUUUCUUUGUACGCCGUGGCAGGGGCCUUGGCAGUGGACUGUGUGCGCCACGGGCAUCCAGCCAUGGUCCACACCAUCGUCGACUGCAUGGGAGAGUUUGUCCGCAAGAGUCUGGCCUCCUGGAUUAAAAGGAAAGGGGGCUGGGUGGACAUGACGAAAUGCGUGGUGAACACCGAUCCCAGCUUCCGCUCUCACUGGCUGGUGACGGCCGCCUGCGCCUGUGGACACUAUCUGAAGGCCGUGGUGUUAUACCUCCUCAGAGAGAAGUGAAAGACUUGACCGGCACCGCACAAACCACCACCAGCACCCCUGCACUAAGGCAUCCACUGCUUUGGAUUACGUUUACACAAAUUUUGCACUGAGCCUUCAUUUCUGAACACCUACUGUAUCCCCUCACAGGCAGUGGACUCCCCUCGCUUCUUCUGCUUCUUCCUCGUGUCUAUUUAUUAUUAAAUACAGCUACGCAGUAUAUUGGCACACAUUUGAUGUGAAUGUAUAAAAUCACCCUCUGUAAAUGAUUUGAGCUUUUUCAUUUUUCCCACGAACGGCAGAACUGUUUUGACAGGGGUUUGGCUGCCCCUAGUGGUGGAAAUGGUAACUGCGUUUUUUUUGGCACGCAAACUGAGAAUAUCCUGAGGCCAACUCUGUGACCUGAUCUCCUGUUUUGGAUGGCAUAAACAAGCCAACGGACUAGUGCAUGUUUAAAUAAAUGUGAAAAUGCAUCCUCUUUUCCUCUAACUAAGGGACUGUAUGAAAAUUAUUUGGAGGUUGGGGUUCAGAAAAGGAGAAGGGUUUAUGUAUUUCUUUCUCUUUGCUGAAGGGAAGAAAGAUUUAUAUUUUGUUUCAGCUUCACCAUCAACGACCCUGUCCCCCUUUUCAGGUUUUUAUUUUUUUUGUCGCAAUAGCUAGUAUCUAGCAGGAGCAACAGGUCAGUUUUUGGGAAAACUAUAUUUUAGAGAUAUAACCCACAAGUUGUUCCUUCACUUUAUUCUGAAUCACAACUACAAAGAAAGACAAGGCUUGAUGUUCGAUUAAAAGUUCAGCCUGUCGUGUAGUUAAUGUGCAGAAUCACACAUGGAAAUGUUAUCUAAUAAUUGGUGAAGUGAAGUAACACAUUAUGACAUUAUAACUAAUAGAAAACUUUACUCUUGAGAUCAGCCUUGCUUUUCAAUAAAAUUCAACUAAAAGGUUAAGGCCCCCUCCCCAGUCCCCAAUAAGUCAGAUGAAUUGAGCCUACAACUACUUCAGACUGUAUUUCAGUCAGCUCUGUACAUUCACUGCAGUUCUUGCUCUCUGUAGUCCCUUUUUCACUGUGAGGCCGUGUGUUACGUUGCCGUACUGUGAUAGAAAUGCAGGUUACGGGAUGUUUUCUCUGAAAUAGAGCACUUUGAUAACAUUUCCCUUUGUGAGUAGAAUUUAUUCCAUGAAUAAUCUCACUUUUAUAGAGAAUGUGUUUGGAAGACUGUGUGAGUAAAUAAGUAAAUCUUGUGCAACUGUAAAUAUUAAGAGUAAUAAAUGGUUCUUACAA